AUGAAGAGAGGCCGUGGGACAGCGAUUGCAUUCCACUCAACUAUCUUCAUCUUCAAGCCGGCAAAGUGUGCAACUCUUGUGAUCGAAAGGGGAGUCGUCAGGGAGAUUCCAGUCAAGCUGAAGGGUCGCCCGAUCAAUUCUCUGAACAAGGAAAGCACUUACAAAUAUCUCGGGAUCCAGACUGGAGCAGGAGCCAAAGUGUCUACCAUGGGCCUUCUCGAGAAAGUGACAAGAGAAUUGGAUUGCAUCGUCAGAAGUGAUUUGAUCCCGCCACAAAAACUCGACUGCGUGAAAACCUUUGCUCUGUCUAAACUCACGUAUAUGAAUUCUAAUUCGAUGCCACCCAUCACCGAAAUGAGGAAAUUCGCAAACAUCGUCAUGAGAGCAGUUAAGGUGAUCCACAGUAUCCCAAUUCGUGGUUCUCCUCUGGAAUACGUACAGCUGCCAAUAAAGGACGGAGGGCUGGGUGUUCCAUGCCCAAGAGUCACCAACAUGGUAACGUUUGUUGUCUCGACGAUGAAGAAGUUGUGGUCGCCCGACAACUACAUCAGAAACCUGUACAUGUCGUUCGCGGAGGAAGUAGUAAAAAUGGAGACAGGCAAGAAGGAGGUCAAUUUGGAAGAUAUCGCUCAAUACCUGAACGUUGAGCAAAGGACAGUCAGAUCUAACUUUGGUUACAACUGCUUCUCGAGGUUGAAAGACGCGCUGAGGAACCUAGCAUCAGGCGGUGACUCACCACUCUUCAAAAUCAAAAUAGUGGUGAAAAACAAGAAGCUGGCAGUGCUGGUCCAAGCAACGGAGGACAGUAACGAGAAGCUGUUCACCGAAGACGGUGUGAAGAAGAUGCAAAGGGCUAUGAAUGAACAGGUCAGCAGAGCGCUCAAACACCGAUUCCACACCACUAAGUUGGUAAAAAGUGAAAUCUCAAGAGUCGUACAGAUGCACCCCGCAAGUAACAAGUUCGUCGCCAGAGGAGGAAACCUGAGCCUUGCCUGCCAUCGAUUUGUGCACAAAGCUCGCUUGAACCUCCUAGCAUGCAAUUAA